UUUCGGAAUCGUAUUUUCUACAGUCAUUUAUUGCCAUGCGAUAUGCUAUAUGUGAUAAAUCUCGUAUACGAUUGUCGUACAGCGUUGCCAGAUUUUGAAAUAAUAUAAUAACCAAUCACGAUCGAGAUAUAUAAGAAUCAGCCACGUAAUAAACCGUAUUUUGUGUCGAGUUUUUCACAGUUUUUCAAGAUAAUGAAAUGUAAAUUGCAAUAGUAAUUAAAAGUGUAUGUUAAUAAUUAGUAAUAGAAAAUCAAAAUGGAAACAACUACAUCAGUAAAGAAACGAUGCACAUACAUAAAUGAUGAACAAAAAAAUGUUUUAAUUGAAUUCAUGACUAAACAUCCUGAGCUACAAAGUGGAAAAUUUUCUGCCACUUUUACUUAUAAAAAUGCUCAAAAAUUAUGGGAAGAAGUAACAGCACAAUUACAUCAGAUACCUGGUGCAGUAAAAGAGUGGAAUAAGUGGAGAAAGACUUGGCAAGAUAUGCGAAGUGCAACUAAAGCCAAAAAUACUUCUAUCAAGAAACAUGCUCAAGGUACUGGUGGAGGACCUGCCUCAAGUCAAGUCUUAACAGAAAUAGAUCAAAAUAUUUUAACACUUAUUGGUCCAACUGUUGUGGAGGGACAUAAUUCAACACAGGAAUCCAACGUGCAAUUUGAUUGGAAUGAUGAACCAGAAGUAUGUAAUGUGGAGUACCUAUCACAUGACGAAGAAAUUGUGAAAAAUUCUGUACAACGUGACAAUCAAGAAGUAAUGCAAGAUUCUACUCCAUUGAAGUCAUUAUAUUCGAUAUUUUUCGUUUUGAAUAGUUUUAAGCAUUUUGCAAAGACACAAUAGUC